AUGGAGAUUCCUUGCGUAGUAAUUGAUGACGGUGAUGAAGAGCAGGAUGGGCAUGUUUCACAAAGGGACAUCUUUGAAGCACAGAAGCAAGUACCUGAUAAUCAUGAGAGGGCAAAAUCCAAAGAAAUAGUUGGAGAUACAGGAGCUCAAGUGCAGAGUAUUCUGAAAAAAUUUGGAGAUGACAUUAAUAAGGCUCUUCAUGUGAAGAGAAAACACAUGGAAACUUAUGUCAAAGAUUGUAUCAAAGGCAGUAACCAGAAACUUAAACAAGUUUGGAAAAUGAAAGCACGGGAAAGGAAGAAGAUUAACAGCGAAUUUUCUAAGCAGUGUAUGACUGCAUUUCAGCAGUGGGAUAUGGAUAUACAGAAAUUAGAUGAAGAACAAGAAAACUUAGCUAAUAAUUUUCAAAAACAACGAAAAGCUUUAAAACUCUCUAAAACUGAUCAGAAACAGUCACUGCAAGCAAUUAGAGAAUUGCAUGAAAAGUUCAUGGAGAGUUUGGUGAACUUGGAGACGAACAACUAUGUUCUGCUUACUAACGUAGAAGGUGAACUUAAAAAAGAAAUUUCGGCAUUUCAAAAAAACCUCACGAGGCAAACUCUAAAGUACUGUUUACCUUAUAAAACUUCAGACUAAUAGAAGCAUGGGUAACAGUAAACUAAAAAUGUGGAAGUUGUUUUUAUCUCCUUCCAUGACACACCAGCAGUGAGUGAUUGCAGAUGUUUGACUCUUCAGUUCUUAUUCUGAUGAUUCUUUUAGGAAGAAUUUGAACCUGAGUGAUGAGAUAUAAUUACAAUGUUAGUUAGGAGGCAUGUCUUUAGAAAUAGUUUAAAUUGUAAUCGUUAAUCGCUAACUUGUUUAAGUGCAAUAGCCUCUUCAUAUUAACUUCCAGAUAAAAUCUA